CCCCAACAUGCCGACUAGCUGAUGGCGCGGCGGCGGCGCGGGCUGGGCGCGCGGCUGCGGCGCGGGGGCCGCGAGCUGCUUGCCUUCCUGUUCUCCAAUGUGGGCGUCGUCGUGCUGGUCGUCGGGUACACUACUGCAGGUGCCUCCAUAUUCCAAGCAAUAGAAGGUGCGAGUGAGAUGGAGCGAGCCAACAACAUGACGCGCGAGCGAGACAGCACGGCCGACUACCUGUGGCAGAACAUCACGCUCGCGCUCAACUUGUUCAACGAAACCGAACUCAGGUUACGGAUCAGCAGCGAGCUGGCGGAGUACCAGCGCAAGGUGGUGCUGGCCGUGCGGCGCGGCUGGGACGGCGCCCGGGACGGGGGCGGGGGCGGGGGCCGGGGGUCGCGGCAGUGGAGCUUCUCCUCCGCCUUCCUGUACUCGCUCACCGUCAUCACUACCAUCGGCUACGGCAACCUGUCCCCGCGCACGGCGGGCGGCAAGCUGGCCACGGUGCUGUAUGCGCUGCUGGGCAUGCCGCUGUUCCUGCUCUACCUCGCCACCAUUGGCGAGCUGCUGGCGCGGUGGUUCAAGUGCGUGUACGCGCUGGCGUGCCGCUGCCGCGGCUGCCCCGGGCUCGCGCGGCGCCGCGCCGUGCGGACGCGCCCACAGUUUCAGGAAACAAGUGAAGCGGAGAGUAUAGAGCGGCCGCGCGAGUGGCGCAGUUCCUCAGAGAUGGAGCCACCGGCGCACCUGCAGUAUCACUAUUAUCAAAGGAGGCCGAACCCAAAAUUCGACAGAAGCUUUUCGACGCCCAACCCUCCCAGACCCUAUAGGCCCUACUCCCCUGGUCACCAGCCACGGGACCUUGAUCCUUACUACCAGGACUACAGAGACUACCCGCGGCAGGGGAGGGGCGGGGGGUACCGGGAGGACAGUGCCUCCAGUGACUUCACGUAUGUGACGUUCGACGCUCAGACCAUCACGGUGCCCAUCAGCGUGUGUGUUGGCGUCAUGGUCGGAUAUAUAAUAUUCGGGUCGAUGAUCUUCGGUCUGUGGGAGCAGUGGGACCAGCUGGACGGCGCCUACUUCUGCUUCAUCUCACUCAGCAGUAUCGGGUUCGGCGACUUCGUCCCGGGCGAGCGCGUGGUGACGACGCGCAUCGAGCCGUCCUUCAUCGUGUGCGCCGUGUACCUCAUGCUGGGCAUGGCGCUCGUGGCCAUGUGCUUCAACCUCAUGCAGGAGCAAGUAAUCCAUUACUUCGCCGCCAUGAAGCGAGCUCUGAAGAGAAUAUGUCGGUGUAAAAGAUGACGAAAUGAAAUAAUUUGUAAAAAAGUCACUCAAGUUUUUAGACUAUAAGGAGAAAAAUGUAUAUAGUAUUUGAAGGAAUUUGCUAAAAUAUUGUUUAAGUUCAUUUUAAGUUAUUGUGUGUCGGAAUGUGUGAUGGAUUUGAGAAAAGGCAGGACUAUUAAAAAAAAAACAAAAUAAAGACUUUGUAAAUAUCUAAA